GCCCUUUAAACCCGCCCCGGUGUCAGUCAUGCAGCGAGCGUGAGGACGGAGUGCCACUGCUACGGUGCUACCUACUGGAGACAGAUAGCAGUGUGAGUGAUCGAUCGCCAUGCGCGGCGCGCGGGUCCUCCUCGCCGGGGCGCCGCAGCCGCUGGCGUCGGACCCGUCGCUGGACGCGCCGCAGCGCGCGCAGCUGGAGCGGGCGAUCGGGGCGACCACCACCGUGCUCUUCGUCGCCACCGUGUCGUACGUCGCGCUCAGCGCCAUCUUCAGCUGCCUCUGCUCCGGCGGCGGGUCGUCCCGGCGGCGGCAGCAACCCGACGGCGGCGAUACCCGGCCGCAGCUGCCGUCUGCCGCUGCCGAGGAGACCAAGCGCGCGCUCGAGGAGAUCCCCGUUGUGGUGGUGGUGGCGCAGGACCCCGCUGGGAGUGGCGGCGGCGCCGGCGCCGAGGACGGCUCGGAGGAGCCAGGGGAGUGCGCGGUGUGCCUGGCGGAGUACGCGGGCGGGGAGGAGGUGCGCGUGCUGCCCGCGUGCCGCCACGGUUUCCACCGCGCGUGCGUCGACCGCUGGCUGCUCACGCGCGCGCCCACCUGCCCGGUCUGCCGCGCCCCCGUCGCCGCGCACGCCGAGCCGCCCGACGCCAAGGACCGCUCCACGGGCGAUGUCGAUGCCGCGUUUCCCUAAGUGACGACAGCGAUCUGGUAACGGCAUUGAGCUCGGUUUUGCUGUUAGCAGACGAUGUUCAGGCAAAACAAAAAAGACGAUAACAUUGGUUAGAUUAGAUCAACGUCUCUUCACAUUUUUUUUGUUUAAAUCAAUGAUGAUAGUUGAUUAAUGGGGUGUAGCAUCGGAAUCAUUUGCCCAUGUUUUGAACUUUGACAGGAUGUACAGCGUUUGUGUUGGGUGUGGCUACAUGCAGCUAGCUAGAGAUUACAAUUUAACCCAACAACCUGAAAACCGACGGGUACCAGAUGAUGUAUUUCCGAAGGACAGA